UGGCCGUUAGGGUCGAUGUAGGCGCCUGAGGGUGUGGGUUAGUCCCUUGGUGGGCUCCUCCGGGAAGCUUGUGCCCAGCUACGGGAUUGUGGCUGGUGGAAGUUGCCCUCUCCUUCACGGCUUCCAGCUUCCUUGGCCUGGCAGGGCAGUUAGGGAACUCGGAGCGCAGCUGCUUGGUGUUGUCCCGCUUCCCGUGUGGAUGGGGGUCGGGAUGGAAGGCACAAAGCUCCCUGAGGAGACGUGAGGUGGCUCCAGGUGCAGCAGCGUUCUCAGGGCGGUCGGAAUAUUAAAAUGGAAUUCACAAUUGAACACACAUGGGAUGAUUUACCUGUGAGCCAUGAGCCGGUAACAAUUGGGCUGAAGUCAUAUGACGGAGGGCUGCUAAUGGAAGUUAGUGCUCCCUUCUUUAAUGAUCCUCCAGCACCACUUGGAGAGCUAGGGAAGCCCUUCAGAAACAUGUGGGACUAUGAGGUUGUAGAGGCAUUUUUCUUGAGUGACACAACUGAACAGUAUUUAGAAGUUGAACUUUGUCCUCAUGGACAACACUUAUUGUUGCUGCUUUCUGGCAAAAGAAGAGUAUGGAAAGAAGAACUUCCCUUGGAAUUUGAGGUGACCAGAAUGGAAACCAAAUGGGAGGGUAAAGCUCAUCUCCCUUGGAAUUAUUUUCCACCAUGCACUAACAAGUUUAAUGCAUUUGCAAUUCAUGGCUCAGGAGACCAGAGAAAAUAUGAAGCACUUCAUCCUGUGCCUCGAUGUGAACUUCAAGAAGGACAGAAACCAGAUUUUCAUCGUUUGGAAUUUUUCAAAGAAUUGAAUCUGAAGAGACUAAUGGGAGAAGAUUGGAAGCAGCCUGAGUCAGAUAUUUGGAAGUCUCAUGCCAAUUAGCAAAGUGGAUUGAGACCUGUGUUUUCAAUAGCACUACGGUUGGAUGAAGCUGUAUGAAAACAAGUUCAUUUUAAACAGAAUUUGUAAAUAUAAGAUUAGUAAAGCUUUUCUUGGCACUAAAAGCAUUGAUCAAUCUUGAAAUUGACUGUAAAGUGUCUGGACCAGUUAGUUAAUUCUAAGUACGUGAAAUGCACAACUGCUUGUGUUUCAGUUAAUCUGGGUAUGGAACUUUUCAUCUGCACAACAGAGAUGAAUCUGCCCCUUCAAUGAAGGGAAAAUUGUGCUGAAAUUACAACUCUGUUUCCAUGAGUGCUCUAAGACUGACAUGACAAGUUAUCUGGCUUGGAAUCCAUUUACAGCAGAAAUGCAGUAACCACAGGAUUUUCACUAUCUUGUUUUUCUUGGCUGCUAAAUGUAAAUCUUGUAUGCCUGAAUUUUGUGUUGCGAUCAGGAGAAAGAAUGCUUCUUUUAGGAGCAGAAGAGAACAUACCUGUCAUGGUGUUUCUUAGCCCGGUACUCACACUGCAAGAUGCUGUGGAGGUAUAAUACUAGUCAGCCCCUUUCCUAUACUUGCAAUUUUCCUUUACACGUUGCUAAAGGGGGAACUCUAUCUGCUACUUUAUUAGCAGACUUCUCUGGCUCAAAUUUCCAUUUGGAAUUUCUAGUGCUAGUUAUGUACAGAGGAUAGAUUUACAAAAGGUUUUAUGCACUCCAGGCAAAGUUUCUGGGGAAAGCAGUGUUUAGUAAAACCUCGGUAUAAUUGUGUGUCUACAGAAGCCUGGCCUUUUCAUGUCACCUUAAGGAUUCAGCUCAGACAUAUGAAAAAUUUUAGACUAACAAGUAUUGUUUGCUUGCCGCUUAGCCCUGGAAGUAUGAGAAUGAAUUUGGAGUGCCUAAACUUCUCCAUAUUGGUAGAAUAUUUUAACAGUACUGAAUACUGUUAGAUUGUAAAUUCUAAUCUGCUAACUCUCACAAGAUUUACAAAUGUUCCUUUCUUAUCUAGCAUAGUAGCUGUUCCUUAGAAAAUUGGAAGCUUUUCCACUAACCGGAUCACACACCUGAAAAGUAGGUGGCUUUAAAAUCAAAAUACUCUUUGGGUUAGUUCAGAAUGAGGAUCUCCACCAAGACAUAGUUCUCAUCCCUUUAUUAGAAAGAGGGCUUCCUGUAUCCUUAUCAAGUGUCAUCGUCAUAGGGUGAAAGCUGGUCACAUUCUCUAGGUGAGGAUUGUUCUGGGAGUCUGAGAGAAUAAGAUUGUGUCAUAAUUGAAGGAUGAUCUUUCAGAAGUUAAUGCAUGAGAUGUGGUGUUUGGUCUCAGCCAUUUGUGCAGCUUUUUCUUCUGGACAGUUGAGAAUCCUCCAAGUUCCUGGAAGGGACUUGUGUUCAUGUAGUCUAACAUCCUGCUCAAAGCAGAGCUGUCCUGGAAGCUAAGCCAGUUUGCUCAGGGCUGAGUUUUACUUAACUCCAUAGAUCAGGAUUCUGCAAACAGGAUCUGGGUAGCCUUUACAUACUCAAUACUCAACAAGUUAUGUAAUGAAAACUUGUAGGUAUUUUCCAUUUAGCAACUUGUGUCCAUUGCCUUUUGUCCUCUCAGUGAAAGAGUUGGAUGUUCUCUAAAACCAAUGAUUAAGUAACUGAAGAUAAUUAUUAACUCCUCAUGGGCUUCUUUACAUGUUGUCAUUCUCAGUUUGCCUUUUGUGAAUCUCAUUAGUAAGUACCUUCCCCUCAGAUAAUGUUGAGAUAAAAAAAAUGUAACUUGGGUUGUAACUCAUAGGCAGCAGUGUUUCCAAGCUUUCUUAUUUAACCCAUCCUUUGAAAAUCCCAUGUCUGUAUUUAGAUGUCAAAAUGCCUGUAAAGUUUUGCACAAGCCUGCACUAUUUCACAUCUACACAGACACUUAGCACAGUGAGGGAUAUUAGUGGAAUGGAUUCUCUGUUCUUUUCUGAGCAUGUAUGCAGUAGUAGCCGUAGUCUGGUCAUGUUUUCUGUGCUAUCUUUAAAUCCAAAUCUACCUAGAAAUUCUACUUGAAGAAAAGAAGAUGGGAACAUCCUGCAUUUAUGAAGAACAUCUGUGAUUAAUUUCUGUGAAUUUGAAUGUUUCUUCAGAGUUCUUUUUUUUUUUUUGGCUUUUGAUUCCUUGUUUGUACUUUCAUUUUUAUAGAACUAUACUUUCAAAUUUAUUUAAGGAUUAAGUUUUGUCAUCUGCAGAUUUUGGCAUUUCAGUGUGCUCCAAUGUACUCAGCUAUCCAAUUCUUUGUUCUUUUAAUUAGACACUAUAGAUUCCUUGCUAUAAAGUGCCAUCUGUUGUAAAUUAGAAGUAUUGUACAUUCAAUUGUUUGGCUUUUCUACCUUCAAUUGAUAUUCAGUUUUCUAAAGAAUGACAUCGUAGUCUGAAAUUCUGAGUGAUCCAAUAAAUGUUGAUUUAAAA